ACGAAAUAUGUCACUAGAAAAAUACCUUUAUUUUAAACAAAAUUUUCGCGCUUCAGUGCUAAAUCUGCUUAUAGCCUGGUCUAUUUUUAACUAGACUUAUAUUUUGACGAGUUGUGCAACACUAAUGAUGUUCUAACAGUGUUUCAAGUGCAAUAAUUACAAUUUUUUUAAAGGUGUGUGGCGGAAUUGUAGUGUCUUGUUUUGGUGAAAGUUUUGUUAAACUAUUUAACAAAAAAAAUUGUUAAAUCCUUAAAAUAUGUGUGAAAACGUGAACAACGGAGUUUUAAUAUCUAAAGAUAAAACUUUGCCAAGUAUAUCUCCUAAAAAUAAAAUGUGGAUUUAUUACGUUUGUAAAAAUUGAAUUAAUCCACGAAAUACCCGUUGUGCGUCUAGAAAAUGGCACAUUCAGACGCAAAUCUUGAGAUUCAAGUAUGCUAUCCAAAUGAAUCCCAAAUAAAAUAUAAUGAAAUUGAUGUUUAUGUGUCAAAAUACGACAUUAAUAUAGAAAUGGUAAAGUUCUUUUCAUUUCUAAAUGUCGCAAUUCCCUUAGUGGUACUGUGGUAUUUUAUUAAUUAUAAAGGAAAGGUCCAAAAGAGAAAAAUCGAUAAAGUUGAGAUUCAACCUGUUCAAUUUAAGGAAGAAUGUUUGCCGAAACAGGUGCUAUGGAAACCUUCAGGAAGAUGUCAAUCGUUGUACACAAUGAAACUCUCGCCUUCGAAAGACACAAGUCUUUUAGAUUUAGAUGAUAUACAAAAAAUUCGAUAUAUAGAAAAUCGGGAAAGUCAAGAGGAUGAAAAAGACUAUAAUACUGGUGGGUACAUGCCUAUCAAUAUUGGAGAUAUUCUUAAAGGACAAUACAAAGUUUGUAGAAAACUUGGAUGGGGACAUUUUUCUACAGUUUGGUUGUGUCAGAAUUUAUUAAAUGAUGGGCCUACUUAUGUCGCCCUGAAGAUUUGUAAGAGCGCGCAAAUGUUCACCGUAGUGGCUCAAGAUGAAAUAAAGUUACUUAGAGACACGAAACUGAUAGACCCCAGUCACCUUGGCUAUAAGCAUAUUGUUCAAAUGGUAGAUACUUUUAAGUUAUUGAGCAUCAAUGGAGUACACACUGCCAUUUCCAUGGAAAUAAUGGGGCCCUCACUAUUACACUUACUUGUACAGUCUGACUUUAGAGGAAUUCAUUUAUGUGGAGUCAAACGAAUUAUUACUCAGGUUUUAAAAGGAUUAACUUACCUCCAUGAAGCAUGUCGCAUAAUUCAUACUGAUAUUAAACCAGAAAAUAUAUUGAUAAAAGUUGAUGAAAACUACAUAAAAAGCAUAAUAGGAAAAACAGAAAAAUUUACUGAACUAGGAAUUGAUAUGCCACGAUCUUAUGUUGCAGCAGAUUGCUGGAUAGAUAGGGAAAGAAGUUUACGGGACUCCGAUGAAAAUAUCCUGUCUAAAUUUGAGGAACAGAGAGGACAAUCGUACCCUUAUGAUAAAUUUUUAGGAGAAUUACCUGAUUUUAGAAGACGGCAUGGAGAACCACGCUUAAAUGCACCGAUGUGGGUUAGUCCCAACAUCGAAAUUAAAAUUGCUGAUUUAGGAAAUGCUUGUUGGGAGGAGCAUCAUUUUUCAUCUGAGAUACAAACUCGACAGUAUAGAGCCUUAGAAGUGAUAUUAGGAGCUGGUUACAGUUUUCCGGCUGACAUUUGGUCGGUAGGUUGUAUGGGAUUUGAGAUGGCUACAGGAGAAAUGUUAUUUAGUCCGAAAGGCGACCGAGAACCUUCUGCAAAUCUGGAUCAUUUGUGUCUAAUUUGGGAGACGUUAGGAAGUAUACCGCAAUAUAUCACUGAAAAUGGUACACACGCACGUCAGUACUUCUCAAAUGGUCAAUUGCUGGGUAUCGAUAAGAAAUUGUUAAGAAUAUGGAAAAUAGAAGAUGUUUUAGUAGAGAAAUAUAAAUGGAAGAGAGUAGAUGCAAUUCCUUUUGCUGGAUUUUUAGAAAGUCUCAUUGAACCAGAUCCAGCACUUCGUUAUACUGCAUCUAUGGCUCUUCACAGUGAAUGGAUUACAAUGAAUGAUUAAUCGUUUUCCAGAUCAGUACUAAUAUAAAUCUGUUUAAAGACUGAAGUUUUUAUGUUCAUUAAAUUAUCAUUUCUUAAUAUGUUCAAUAUCUUCAAUAGGAAUUUUAUAAUAAAGUUUUAAAAACUUGU